AUGGAUGAAUUACAUAAUAUAAGUCUGGGAAAGGCAUAUAAAAAUUUAAAUCGCACACAAAAUAGAUCAAAAGAAAAAAGUUUCUUUGAGGAUGUAAAUGGGAGAAUACUGCAUAAUAAUGAUACAAAUGAAAUAAUAUAUAAAGAAAUAAAUAAUGUUUAUGUUGAAAAUAUUAAUAAGAAUAGUGAGGAAACGAAUAUUAAAAGCAUAAGCACAAAUUUAAAGAAUGUUGAAAUGGUUGAAAAAUCUGAAGAAACAUGCAAACCUUUAUAUAUUAAUAAAUCGGAUAAAUUGACAUCAGAUAAUGCAAAAAAAAAAUUUUUAUUUAAUAGAACUAAAGAUGAAACAAGUUGCUCUAGUUAUGGUGAGGGAAAAAGCAAUAAUAAUGAUCAUGAUAAUGACAAUGUCAAUAUAGAAUAUAAAAUAAUAAAAAAAAAUGUAAGUUGUGCCAUGAAUAGUACAGGUUAUGAAAAUAUUAAUAAUAAAUGUAAUGGAAAAGGAAACUCUACAAAUCCUAAAUUAGGUGUUGGUAAUAAGUCAAGCGAAUAUCAGGAAGAAAAACAGUCACAAGGACAACAAAAGGAUCACGCACCUUGUAAUGAAUUGGAGAAUGGUGAUGAUACCUCAAAUAAAAAUGACAGUAAGAUAGGAAAGAAAAUGAAAUAUUCCAAGAAAAAUAAGAAAAAUUCAACAAAUGAAAUUAUAAAAGAGACAACUCUUAUGUCAGUUAAUAACAAUAAAAAUUUAAUAAUGAACAGCAAUAUGCCAACGGCGCAUGAUGUAAAAUUAAAUGAUGAUAAUUUAAAAACAAGUGCGAACAAGAUAAUUAAUAGGGGAAAAUUAUAUAGCAAAAAGCAUAAGAGUAAAGUAAAUGAAAAGAUAAUUGAGGAAAAGUUAGGAGUUGAAAAAGAAGAAAAUUGUUUGAACCAAAUAAUUAAUGAAGAAGGUAAAUAUAAAAAUAAGAAAAACAAGAGAAAAAAAUUUACUGAAAAUGUUAAAAAUAAAUAUGACGUCGAUCAAUACGAAAAUAUAAACAGGAAAAAAAAAAAAAAAAAUCAUAAUUCCCUGGAUGAUGAAAAUGUGGAGAAUGCGCAAAAAAGUAGUAACAAAGUAAAUGACAAAAAAGUGUGUACAAAAAAUAAAAAGUACAAUGAUAAUCUUGUUCCAAAAAAUGGAUGUGAAACAAACAAAAAUGGAAGUAGUGGGAGAAGUUAUUAUGAAACACGUUCAAAAGAGCAAGUGCUAAAGGAUGAUAAAAAAAUGAACGAGGUUGAUAAUAUGAAUAAUAAAUUAAAAGGGGAAGAAAUGGUGAUGAAAAAGAAAAAUUUAUAUAAGAAAAAGGAUAGCGCUAGCUCAAGGGAAUUGCCUGGUAAUAAGAAUAUAUCAAUAAUAACUAAUGAAAAUGAUGAUGGUCAUGUAAAGAAAAAGUACGCAAGACUUUUAAAAAAUUUGAAAACUAAUUUAUCAAGUAAAGUUAUAGAACAAGAAGGCGAAAAAAGAAUUAAGACUUGGGGAGAUAAAAUAACUUUACAGCAAAAAAUUAAUUAUUUUAUAAAGAAUAAAAUUGCUACAAGAACGGAAUACAAAUAUGGGAAGAAACCAAACACUUUAUCCAUAUGUAAUCAAUUUAAUUUAUAUAAUCAUUUAACAAUGUUAAAUGAUUUUAACAGAUUGCACUAUUAUAGAGCGGCGAUGAGAUGGACAGGACACAAAGAUUUAUGCGAAUCGUAUAAUAAUGCCAUGUUGAGUCAAGAAAAUAGUAAUAGGAAUUCUUACUAUGUUAACAGCAUGAGUUAUACAUCAAAAAUGAAGAACUCAACAAAAAUGAACAACAGAAACUGUGGAGAAAAUACGGUUAGCGUAGUUAACAAGGAAAACAUAAACAAUAUAGGUAAAACGAUAAAUAUACCAAGUAUCAGAGAACAUAGCUCAAGUAAUGUAAACAGUGUUAACAAAAUAAAUGAACCAUGUAUUUUUUUUGAAAGUAAUAAGGAAUGUUAUGUAUAUAAUAAAAACAUAAUUGAAAUAGGAACAGGACCAUUAUCCUUGUUGUCUAUUAAUGCUAUUUUAAAUGGUGCUAAACACGUAGAUGCUUUGGAAGUUAAUAAGGAUGCUUCUGAUAUGGCUAAAAAAUUAAUAGAGGGGUAUAAUUUAGAAGAUUUUAUUAAAAUUAUAAAUUGUUAUUCUAAGUUGUAUGUAUAUAGAGAGGAAGACAGUCAAAAACGGUUAAAAAAGAGGCAUUCUUUUUAUAAUUUUUUUGAUUAUGAUAUUGAUGAACAAUACAGUAAUAAUUUUAAUUACGAUUUAAUAAUAAGUGAAGUAAUCGGUGAUUUUGCUUCUCAGGAGGGAGUAGCGGAUAUAUAUUUGGAUUUACAUAAAAAAAUAUUUUCUUACAGAAAAUAUCAGGAAUAUUUGAAUAAUUGGGGUGUAUAUAAUGGGAAUAAUAACGGAAAAAACUGCGGAAGUAACAACAUGUUAGUAAUGGACAAUCUGGUGAAAUCGAAAAAUAACGAAAAAUGUGGAAAUAAUGAGAGGGUAAAAAUAAGCGAAAAUAAUGAAAAGAGCCUUAAAAUGGGGAAAAAGAUCUCUUAUAGAGAAUUUGCAGCUGACGAAGAAUUAUACAAUACGGAAGAAUUUUACAGUAUGAAUAUUAAAAGUAUUCCAUAUAGUGUUACAACAUAUUAUUGCCCAGUAAAAUUUCCGCAUUCUGAUAACAUAAUAUAUAAGAGUGAUAACUAUCCUGAGAGAACAAUUAUUAGUCCACAAAAUAAAUUAUUGCAAUCUGUUAUGUUAGAAUGGUCUAAUUUGACGUUAACUGAAGAAGAGAAUGAAAGUAGCAAUUUCGGUAAAUUGGAAUAUUUAUAUUUAGAACAAAAUGUAAUUAAUCAAGUUAUACAAAAAAGAAGUCGUAUAUUUAAGAUUCAAAAGAAUGGUCCAUUUUGCGGUUUUUUAAUAACUAUUGAUGUUGAAAUUCGUAAGGGGGAGCAUUUUGGCACGAAAUAUGGGACUUGUGAUAGUUGGUAUACAAAUAUAGUUUUAUUAAAAGAUGAAAUAAAUGUUGAAAAAAGCGAUUUAAUAAUUAAUAAAACUUAUGCCAAUUUAUUAAAUUAUAGUGAAAAUGUUAUUGACAGAAAAACAGUUUUAGUGUCAAGACCAUCAUAUAUCUUUUAUGGUUAUAUUUUAAGAUUAAUUAAAAGUAGUUAUUCUUCAAGUUCUUCAGAUACUGAUACAACUAAUUAUAACUAUGAUAAAAAAUUUAGUGGAACAAAUGAUUUUUCUAAUAUAGAUAAUUAUAUAUAUUUAGAUGACUCAACGAUUUUAUUAUUAGAUCAAAUGAGUUUUCAUGAACAAAUGUUAUCAUUAGAUGUAAAUAAACACAAUGAUAAAAAGGUUCUUAUAAAUAAUUCGCUUAAUCUAAAUAAUUUAGAAUGUUGUCCUGAUAAUGAUAUUAAGAUAAAGAAGAGUGAUUUCACGGGAGAUAGAUCAAAAAUGUUAUAUGAAAAAAUUAGAAACAGCAAUGAAGGGCAAUCCAAAUUUGAUGGUAAAUCGUUAGAGGAAGAUUGCAGUGAAUAUGCUAAUUAUGAUCAGAACUCAUUACGCAGUAGCUGUAUUAGCAGAUAUGUAUAUUCUGAUGUAGAAGCAGAUGUACAUGGAAACAGUUAUAUUAGAGAAAAAAAAGUUGAAACAAAAUUGAGUAAUGGAACAUCAAAGAACGAAAAUGAAUUAAUAAAUAGUAGAGGUACAAAUAAGAAAUUAAGUAACAAACUGGAUUAUUGCAAAGAUAAAGAGUUGGAAAAAAAUAAUAAUGCCUCCACCAUAAACAAGCAAAGGAAAAAAAGUAAAAAUACAAGAGGGGAUAAAAUAGAUUCAGUAAAACUUGAAAAUAAUAAUAGUAGUAAUAACAUAAAUAAAAACUUAGGGAAUGUAUUAAAAAAAAAAAAAAAAAGAAGUUUUGUGAAUGAGAAAAAAAAGAAAGAAACGCAAAAAAGUGAAAAUAAAAAUAAGAACAUGUCCUCCAAAAGUAGGGAAGAAUACGAAAAUGAUAUAUCAGAUAUUACUAAUAAUUAUAAUUUAAAUUCGAAAUUUUAUUAUGAAAACUUAAAAGAUAAAAUUAUAGUUUAUAAAAACAUGAAGUAUAAAAUGUUGUCUUUUUAUGAACCUGUAAUUAUUGAUUACGACGAACAAGCAACGGUUAUAUAUAAAAAAGAUGAUAUAUAUAAUAGAAAAGAAAACAAUGUGAAUAAAUUUGUAAAUAACGUAUACCAAUAA